CGGGCGGCGCUGUGCACGCGGGGCAGCCGGUCGACCGGGAGCGCGAAAGCCGGGUCUGAGCCGGCUGGGGGCGGGGAGUGUGGCGGAGAAAUGGGGAACAAUGCGAGUGAGCAACUUCAGGAAGUCAUUGUGAAAGAAAGCUGGGAAGAGCUCCGCGGCCAAGUUAGCAGGACACUCUAACAAGUGCCUGCGCGGCCCGCGCCCGGGGCGGUGACUGCGGCGACCCCCCUGGGUCCCCGCGCAGCGCAGCCCAGCCUGGGCGGGACGCUCGGCCGCGGCGAGGCGGGCAAGCCCGGUAGGGCAGAGGGAGCCCCGGCUCCGAGGUUGCUCUUCGCACCCGAAGAUCAGUCUUGGCCCCAAAGCGCGACGCACAAAUCCACGUGAGUGUUUUCAAAUUGAAUUUCAAUAGGAAAACUUGGGGUAACUGGUGAAUUUAAAAAAAAAAAAAAAAAAAAGUAAAGAAAGGCGGUAAGAUUGGUAAUCCCUGGUGUCGCUCCGGUCCGCCUCUCCUUUCUGAGGACAGUGAGAGCAUUGACUUCUGUCAAGCGUCUGCCGCUCUGCACUGUGCCAGCAGGUGCAGGACCAGGCCGGCAUGGGACACUUCUGAGCAGCCCCACUGUCACCAGGAGAGGAGUUCUAGCUCCCAGCCAUGUUGAAAUUUAUAUAGACCUACAUAUACCCACAGAAGUCAGCCUUUAUAAAGUCGUGUGUAAAGAGUUUUCCUUGUAUUUGAGCCGAGAGCUUUCUUUUUAUACUAUAAAUAUGAUGAGAUCGAGUCAGAACUUGAUUUCUACAAGAGAGGAAUUAUCCCGGCUUCGAAAAGUUAGUCCUUUUGCUGACCGCAGGUUUGGCGCUCAAGUCACCAAACCUUCUCAGGAAAACCCUUAGUAAUAUUAAGGCAUCAGGUUACUUGCGGUUAUGUUUGAAAUGUAUUUUAAAUAUUUGUCAAGCAUCGCUGCUGGUGCCUAAGCAACCUCGUGAAGGCUUGUUUUUCCUACUAAUUUGGAGGCAGAGAGUAUGGCAUCUAAUGACCGAAACCCGUAGCGAUUCCAUAGGGUCUGACCAGGCACAGCUUUCAAAUGCAGCUUCCCUCUCUCUAGGGACUGCAGCCCACCCAGACUGAAUUUCAAUGCGGCGCGCUCUGCUUAGGUUACCCACUCACAAUUUCCCACUGCACCGCAGGCAGUAUAUUUCAGCUUUGAGAUACCUUGUUUUAAACUUCGAGACAAAAUGGUGUUGAGGAAAUGUCUCCUUACUAGUCCCAUCAACUUCUGUUAAAAGAGGAAAAUUUAUGGAAGUUGAAAAUACUGCGUAUGAUGUUUAAACUUUCAUAGAAAUUCAAAUGAUUUUAAGGCCAGGUUCAGUCUGGUUAUGAGCUGAGUGGGGGGAGAAACCCACAUAAAAAUGUCCUGGGUCCUCUUGAGUUUAUUUCUUUGUUUGAAGAUGUUUGUUCAAUGAGGUUUAUUGUACUCAUCUUUUAUGUGGAGUUCUAAAAAGUAACAAUUUUGUAUUAUUUAUAUUAGAAUGUGUCAAUUUCUGUGACAAAUCAGAUCAAAUUGGGCUGCGGCUUAAAAUGUACACGAGGCAAAUAUUCAUGACAAGAAGAUUCACCUUACGCUGGCGUCUUGUAAAACGCAGAACACGUUAAAGAAAUACUGUGUACACAUACAAAUAAUGAUGUCACAUUAAAAAUACUACAUUAUUCUUGCUUGAUAGAAUGUAUCUGAUUUCAAAUUUCGCCAUGAACAUAUCUCAUACCUUUUUUACAUGAAAAAAAAAUUGUUUUUGCUUCUGAGUCUCACAGUCAAUCAGAGCUGAUGACCAGAACAUUUUAUUGAACUCAAUGGUCAUGUUUUCUUCCCCUUUUGUUUCAUGGUGAGAGUUGAAGGAAGGAGUUUAGAAACUCUCCAGUACUUGUUUAAUUCAUCAGUGUUCUAAUUAGAGUGCUACCUCUUGGAAAACUACGCACUCCCCUAUUGCAGAAACAUCAUAACAAUAAUCACCCACCCUCAGGGUCUCCAGGAGACCACAAGGGCUGCAGAUAAAAGUGUGGAUGUGUUAGGUUUGACCCUUUUGAAGAGUUUUACACAGACUCCUAAAGAGAAGAUCAGCUGUGGCCGUUUGUAGCCAUAUCCUUUGUUGAAAAACUAAGAUCGUAGUGAAUAUAUUGAUUGGCUAAGAGGUCUAAAGCCCUGUUGUACUGCAGACCACUGUCUUCCUUGUUUGACUAGAGACUUAGAGUUUGAGAACAGUGGUUCUUUGGUUUGGAUACAUUUUUUGUUCUUGAUUUGGAUGUAUGUGUUUCAUGCGUGGUUAAUGUAGCAUAUUUUCAAUAUAAAUGUCAAAAAUUUUGAAAUAGGAAAGAACUCUCUAUUUUAAUAUAUGUAUAUACGCACUUCAAGAUUAUGCCUAUCUUAACAGAUACAUGAAAUAAAGAAAUACCAUGUACAUAUACACACACACAGAGCAUGCACACAGAGUGGAGUGAGAGGCGUGGGGCAGUGUGGAAGAGUUUUAACAUCAAACAGACCUGAAAUGAGUAUUAAAGGCUCCCUUUAUUUUUAAACUUUUACUAAAACAAGAUGGAUUUCCCUAUGUUAUAUAAUGGUGAAUUUUAGGCAUAAAUAACGUUUUUUGAGUGUUGCAUAAUUGUAUGUAUUAAUGUAAUGUAACUGCAGUUAACUAAGAAUUCAUCAAGGAUAGCACUGUUUUGUGGCAUUUUUUUUCCUCCUCUAUUGGAAUUGUGAAAUAAUUUCACUAUGAAAUAAGUGUUGGUUCUUGUCAUAUUCUAAGGGAGAUUGAUGUAGUGGCUGCACUCCAGCUUACAGAAGGUAAACCACGACCUUUUUGUGUUCUCUGAAAACGCUUGUCUUCCGAUGCCUCUGUUUCUGAGACUGACAAGCACUCUGGGGUACUGUGACGCCUGCUUCUAGCAGCAGAGUUGCUGCAGCUCCUGUCCUGGCUGUGAACAUUGUUCUCUGUCUGAUGUCUUUGCGUUCAUAAUUACAGAGACUUCUGCUCUAUUCCAUUUCAUAUUUGUGCUGAAUAAUCAUUCCAUUUUAUGGGAGAAAAUACAAGAUGUAAAAGCAACAAGUGACCCAUCCUUUGAAGCUUACAAGAAGAGAAACAUAAAUCUAUUUCACAUCUUAAAAACAGAUCAGUUUUAUUUUGCUCAAAAAGGGCACAUGUACAUUUUUGAUCUAGGUCUUAGAAACAGAGUUUCAGAGGAUCAGCAUUAUACACACUGUCUCUCCCUCUCUCUCUCUCAUACACACACACACACACACACACAGUCUUAAAAUUCAGAUGAGGAACAAGAUAGGAAUGAGGUUUUGUUAGGGACGUAGAGCACCUAAAACCAAAGGAUAUCGACAGUAACAAAACUAUGUUUACUGUGGUGCUGACUGAACACUCAUGCUGGUAUCUUCGUGUGGACCGUGGCUUUCUUGUAUUUCUUUGCAGUUUAAUAAAUGACUUCAUACCUCAGGUUACCUUUCCACAUCUCCUGGAAUAUAUGUUUAUGUCCUUAAAGUGUGUCAUCACUUUAGUAGCUUUAGUUUGAGUUUUUAAAUGUUUGGUGAUAUUCCAACAAAUAUUUUUAAGACAUUAUGAAACCGUAUGAAGUGCUGCAUAUUACAAGUGAGCUACAACAGCAAACAGAAGAAGGUUUGCAGAAGGUUUUUAAGUGGCGAAGUUCGGGCCUGCCCAUUUUGGUGUCUCCUUGGUGGUUACUCCUGAGAAGGGCCUGGAGGAAAAGCAACUGAGGCCUAAUCUACAGGCAACUGCCAAAUUGUUUCAGUUGAUGUUUUUUCCCUCUCAUGUUUGACUAUGAUAAAUAGGUAGAUGCCAGAGGAGUCUUCAGCCAACCACCUGUUAAUAAACUGUUAAAAAAUCUUGCAAACCCUAGGUCACAGGUGUGGGAGCCAUUUGUCCUGCCUGUUAACAGGCCUGGCCCUAAUUCUUUUCUCCCAUGGCCAUUUCUGCCUUAGGGGAACUCACAAUUCCUGUUGACUAAAAGAGCACCCUUUUCCACCACAAGCCUGACAAAUCAGACGUCCACAUAAUUUCUGAACUCAUUUUGGUUACGACAGGAAGCACAGGCUCCCUUCCUGUCUGUGUUUUCCUAAGAGAAAACGGUCUUCCCUCCUUUUUUGCAUAUUUGGCAAGUGGUUCCACCUUUCUCUGCACCCUGGUGGAGUGUGAAGGCAGCAGUGGAACCUUCUGGAGGAGGAAGAGGACACAGAGGCCCUGUAGCCAGGCACCAAGAUCCCUCCCAGGUGGCUGAGUCUGAGGGAAACUCCGAGCACCCCUGGGUCCUCAAAGUCUGGAUUUGUGUGGAAAAGGCAGCUCUCACUUGGCCUUGGUGAGGCCUCGGUUGGUUGAUAACCUGAGGACAAUGGAUGCUGAUGAGGGUCAAGACAUGUCCCAAGUUUCAGGGAAGGAAAGCCCCCCAGUAAGCGAUACUCCAGAUGAGGGCGAUGAGCCCAUGCCGAUCCCCGAGGACCUCUCCACCACCUCGGGAGGACAGCAAAGCUCUAAGAGUGACAGAGUUGUGGUUACAUAUGGGGCUGAUGACUUUAGGGAUUUCCAUGCAAUAAUUCCCAAAUCUUUCUCUCCCAGUAAUGUUAAAGUAGAGACUCAGAGUGAUGAAGAGAAUGGGCGUGCCUGUGAAAUGAAUGGGGAAGAAUGUGCGGAGGAUUUACGAAUGCUUGAUGCCUCAGGAGAGAAAAUGAAUGGCUCCCACAGGGACCAAGGCAGCUCGGCUUUGUCAGGAGUUGGAGGCAUUCGACUUCCUAACGGAAAACUAAAGUGUGAUAUCUGUGGGAUCAUUUGCAUCGGGCCCAAUGUGCUCAUGGUUCACAAAAGAAGCCACACUGGAGAACGGCCCUUCCAGUGCAAUCAGUGCGGGGCCUCCUUCACCCAGAAGGGCAACCUGCUCCGGCACAUCAAGCUGCAUUCCGGGGAGAAGCCUUUCAAAUGCCACCUCUGCAACUACGCCUGCCGCCGGAGGGACGCCCUCACUGGCCACCUGAGGACGCACUCCGUUGGUAAACCUCACAAAUGUGGAUAUUGUGGCCGAAGCUAUAAACAGCGAAGCUCUUUAGAGGAACAUAAAGAGCGCUGCCACAACUACUUGGAAAGCAUGGGCCUUCCGGGCACACUGUACCCAGUCAUUAAAGAAGAAACUAAUCACAGUGAAAUGGCAGAAGACCUGUGCAAGAUAGGAUCAGAGAGAUCUCUCGUGCUGGACAGACUAGCAAGUAACGUCGCCAAACGUAAGAGUUCUAUGCCUCAGAAAUUUCUUGGGGACAAGGGCCUGUCCGACACGCCCUACGACAGCAGCGCCAGCUACGAGAAGGAGAACGAAAUGAUGAAGUCCCACGUGAUGGACCAAGCCAUCAACAACGCCAUCAACUACCUGGGGGCCGAGUCCCUGCGCCCGCUGGUGCAGACGCCCCCGGGCGGCUCCGAGGUGGUCCCGGUCAUCAGCCCCAUGUACCAGCUGCACAAGCCGCUCGCGGAGGGCACCCCGCGCUCCAACCACUCGGCCCAGGACAGCGCCGUGGAGAACCUGCUGCUGCUCUCCAAGGCCAAGUUGGUGCCCUCGGAGCGCGAGGCGUCCCCGAGCAACAGCUGCCAAGACUCCACGGACACCGAGAGCAACAACGAGGAGCAGCGCAGCGGCCUCAUCUACCUGACCAACCACAUCGCCCCGCACGCGCGCAACGGGCUCUCGCUCAAGGAGGAGCACCGCGCCUACGACCUGCUGCGCGCCGCCUCCGAGAACUCGCAGGACGCGCUCCGCGUGGUCAGCACCAGCGGGGAGCAGAUGAAGGUGUACAAGUGCGAACACUGCCGGGUGCUCUUCCUGGAUCACGUCAUGUACACCAUCCACAUGGGCUGCCACGGCUUCCGUGAUCCUUUUGAGUGCAACAUGUGCGGCUACCACAGCCAGGACCGGUACGAGUUCUCGUCGCACAUAACGCGAGGGGAGCACCGCUUCCACAUGAGCUAAAGCCCUCCCGACCCCCGCCCCACCUAGCCAUCCCAGGAAAAGCACAAGGACUGCCGCCUUCUCGCUCCCGCCAGCAGCAUAGACUGGACUGGACCAGAUAAUGUUGUGUUUGGAUUUGUAGCUGUUUUUGUUUUUUGUUUGAGUUGGUUGAUUGGGGUUUGAUUUGCUUUUAAAAAGAUUUUUAUUUUUAGAGGCAGGGCUGCAUUGGGAGCAUCCAUAACUGCUACCUUCCUAGAUGUUUCCCCAGACUGCUGACUGAGAGUCCCUCACCUGUUGCUUCCUAGAAUCCCCUUCUCCAAGCGAUUAGUCUAAAUUUUCGAAGAGAAAUAGAUAAAACACGGCACAGCCUGGGAAGGAACGUGAUCGUCCCUGUUCUAAGCACUGGGUUUGCGCACCAGGUGUCUUUUUCCAGUCCCCAGAAGCAGAGAGCACAGCCCCUGCCGUGUGGCUCUGCAGGUGAGCAGACAGGACAGGUGUGCCGCCACCCAAGUGCCAAGACAGCAGGGCCAACAACCUGUGCCCAGGCCAGUUUCGGGCCACAUGCAUCUAAGGCGGAGAGGCUACACUGUUGAGAGAAAAUACUAUUUUAAGUCAUAUUCUGCGUAGGAAAAUGAGUUGUUUGGGGAAAGUUGUGUCUGUCAGACUGCCCUGGGUGGAGGGAGACGCUGGGCUAGAGCCUUUGGGAUACUCCUGGAUUCGCUGGCUUUGCGGAGGCUGCUCAGAUGGCCUGAGCCUCCGGAGGCUUGCUGCCCCGUAGGAGGAGCCUGUCUUCCCGUGGGCAUAUCUGGGGAGCCCUGUUCCCCGCUUUUUCACUCCCAUGUGUUUAAUGGCCCCCAAAGUCUGUCACUACAAUUUAAACACCAGUCCCGAGGUUUGGAUCUUAAUUCUUUUUGAACCUCUCAAAUGGCAACAUUCCUCAGAAACCAAAGCUUUAUUUCAAAUCUCUUCCUUCCCUGGCUGGUUCCAUCUAAUACCAGAAACCUCUUUUCCUGAGGAAAUUCAAUCCUGGCCCUCAUUUUAAUUAUGUACAUCUGUUUGUAGCCACAAGCCUGAAUUUCUCAGUGUUGGUAAGUUUCUUUACCUACCGUCACUGUAUAUUAUUCUCGUUUUAAAACCCAUAAAGGAGUGAUUUAGAAUGAUCAUUAAUUUUCAGCUCAAUGAAAUACGUGAAGCCCAGCAUCUCUGUUGCUAACACACUGAACUCAUCUGUUUGAAACUAAGCUGUCAAACAUGUUGAAGCUCUUUACUGUAAAGGCAAGCCACCAUGUGUGUCUACACAUACAUAGGAUGGCUGGCCCCGCGCCUGUAAGAUAUUGGAAUGCACAGGGCAAUCGAGGGACUGAGCCAGACCUUCGGAGAGUAAUGCUACCAGAUCCCCCAGAAAAGAGGAGGCAGGUGGCACUGCAGGUGAGAACCCUACCCGUCCAUAUUAUGACAUGGAGGCACUGAAGCCCAAGGAAGGUGUGUGGAGAUUCUAAUCCCAACCAGCAAGGGUCUCCUUCAAGAUUAAUGCUAUCAUUAAGGUCAUUACUCUCAACCACCUGGGCAAUGAAGAAUAUACCAUUUCAAAUAUUUACAGUACUUGUCUUCACCAACACUGUCCCAAGAUGAAAUGAAGCAACAGAGAGGAAAUUGUACAUAAGCACCUCAGCAUUUAAUCCAAACAGGGGUUCUUAGUCUCAGCACUAUGACAUUUUGGGCUGAAUACUUAUUUGUUAGGCAGGAGCUCUCCUGUGCAUUGUAGGAUAAUUAGCAGCAUCCCUGGUCACUACCCAAUAGACGCCAGUAGCACCCCAAAUUGACAACCCAAACUCUCCAGACAUCUCCAACUGUCCCCUGUGAGGAGAAAUCACUCUUGGUGGAGAACCACUGACCCAACUGAAUUCUAAACCAAUCAAAAGUCUGGGAAGCCCUCCCUCUCUCCCAAAAAAAUAAAAAAUAAAAAAGCACUUGAAGAAUAUUCUCAAUAUUCCCAGUCAGCAGUAUCAAACCUGACUUGUGUUCCUGUGGAAUCAUUAUAAAUUCUAUAAAUGAAUUAUUCCCCUUCAGUCUUCAAAAAUAUAUUUCCUCAUAAACAUUUGAGUUUUGUUGAAAGGAUGGAGUUUACAAAGAUACCAUUCUUGAGUCAUGGAUUUCUCUGCUCACAGAAGGGUGUGGCAUUUGGAAACUGGAAUAAACAAAAUGGCCGCAACAAUGCACUGAGUGAAGGAAGAGAGAGAGAGGAGCCAAGGGCUUUAGACAGUCCUCCUUCAAUAUGCAAUUACAGAGAAAGAUGCGCCUUAUCCAAGUUAAUAUCUGUAAGGUGAGAGCCUUCUUAGAGUCAGUUUGUUGCAAAUUUCACCUACUCUGUUCUUUUCCAUCUAUCCCCCUGAGUCAGUUGGUUGAAGGGAGUUAUUUUUUCAAGUGGAAUUCAAACAAAGCUCAAACCAGAACUGUAAAUAGUGGUUGCAGGAAUUCUUCUCUAAACUGCUUUGCCCUUUCCUCUCACUGCCUUUUAUAGCCAAUAUAAAUGUCUCUUUGCACACCUUUUUUUGUGGUUUUAUAUUGUAACACCAUUUUUCUUUGAAACUAUUGUAUUUAAAGUAAGGUUUCAUAUUAUGUCAGCAAGUAAUUAACUUAUGUUUAAAAGGUGACCAUAUCAUGUACCAAAAGUUGCUGAAGUUUCUCUUCUAGCUGGUAAAGUAGGAGUUUGCAUGACUUCACACUUUUUGUUGCGUAGUUUGUUCUGUUGUAUGAUGGCGUGUGUGUGUGUCUUGGGUACUACUGUGUACUACUGUGUGCCUAGAUUCCAUGCACUCUCAUUGUGUUUGAAGUAAAUAUUAGAGACGGGACGGUAACUCAUAACAGGUUGGCCUGUUGAUUACAGCUAGUAAUUGCUGUUUCUUGUUCCUCCCCCUCUCUGACACCCCAGCUUCCCAAGAUGUGGAAAGCCUGGAUCUCAGCUCCUUGCCCCAUAUUCCUUCUGUAAUUUGUACCUAACGAGUGUGAUUAUCCUAAUUCAAGAGUCACUAAAAAUCAUCACAUUAUCAUUGCAUAUCAGCAAAGGGUAAAGUCCCAGCACCAGUUGCUUCACAUACCAGCAUGUUCCAUUUCCAAUUUAGAAUUAGCCACAUAAUAAAAUCUUAGAAUCUUCCUUGAGAAAGAGCUGCCUGAGAUGUAGGUUUGUUGUUAUAUGGUUCCCACCCCCCCAAUUUUUGUGCUUUUUUCUUGUUUUGUUUUGUUUUGUUUUGACUGCACUGUGAGUUUUGUAGCGUCCUCUUCUUGCCAAAACAAACGCGAGAUGAACUGGACUUACGUAGACAAAUCAUGACACCAGUGUAUCCUUCCUUUCUUCAGUUCCAGCAAUAAUGAAUGGUCAACUCUUUUAAAAUCUAGAUCUCUCUCAUUCAUUUCAAUGUAUUUUUACUUUAAGAUGAACCAAAAUUAUUAGACUUAUUUAAGAUGUACAGGCAUCAGAAAAAAGAAGCACAUAAUGCUUUUGGUGCAAUGGCACUCACUGUGAACAUGUGUAACCACAUAUUAAUAUGCAAUAUUGUUUCCAAUACUUUCUAAUACACUUUUUUAUAAUGUUGUGUGUGGUGAUUGUUCAGGUCGAAUCUGUUGUAUCCAGUACAGCUUUAGGUCUUCAGCUGCCCUUCUGGCGAGUACAUGCACAGGAUUGUAAAUGAGAAAUGCAGUCAUAUUUCCAAUCUGCCUCUAUGAUGAUGUUAAAUUAUUGCUGUUUAGCUGUGAACAAGGGAUGUACCACUGGAGGAAUAGAGUAUCCUUUUGUACACAUUUUGAAAUGCUUCUUCUGUAGUGAUAGAACAAAUAAAUGCAACAAAUACUCUGUCUGCCCUAUCCCGUGAAGUCCACACUAGCAUGAGAGAAGGCCCAUCAGAGCAGGAAUCUGCCGAGACUUCCUCCCAGUGAGAUCCCAGUAUGAGAGGGAGAAGAGAUGGACCUCGGGACAGCUGCAAUACCACUUGGGAACACAUGUGGUAUCUUAAUGUGGCCGGCGCAGCACUUCAGCGCGACAGACCUCCCGUCUACAACAGUGCUGGACGUGGGCAUUCUGGGCCCCAGUCUGGAGGGUGGGUAGAGAUAGAGGGCAACAAGAGAUACAUUUCCAGUUCUCCACUGCAGCAUGCUUCAGUCAUUCUGUGAGUGACCGGACCCAGGGUGGUGGGAGCACAGAGGACAGAGUGACCACAGCGAGUACACCUUCAGCAUAGGCAGUUUGCAGAGCCACAUGCUAUGCCAGGACUGAGCCAGUGAUGGGAGGUUUGCCUGAGCUCUGUCACGGAAUUGUACUACAACAGACUCUCUGUGGUGAAAAUCCUUGUCCCUUUUGGAUGAAUAGCCAGACAUCAUUUGGGUUCAGAUCUAGCAAAUCAAGUGAGGUGACUACCUUUAAUGUGGCACAACAUCAGACCCAAACAAGAUGAAACUCUAGUGACAUAAACAGUGUAUUGGGUUUCACAUCCGGGCCUGGCACCACUACCCAAGAAGGACUUUUUAAAAUAUCUUUGCCAAGGCAGCAUCUUUAGGAGAACUUUUCAGCCUCUUUAGGUUGCCUCAUUGAGGGAUCAUGUUUUAUACAUGUACAUAUACAUAUAAUGAUACAUCUGUUUGCAAAUUUGUCCAGUCAUUUUUAUAGCUACACCCUGCACAUUUCCAGUGAUCAUGGUGCAAAAAAUAAUAAUAAUAAAGAAUACCUACAGUUAGUUAAAAAUAACCUGGACUCAAACUAAGAGGAAAAAGUAAUUCAGAAGGGUGAGAGGUAGGACAAGAGGGUGAGAAAUAUGUUGAUGUAUAUUUUUGUAAAACUGUAUGGUACAGCCUAGCAGCUCAAUGCCUUAGGAAGCUAGACCAGCAAUGUAGUGACAUAAAAGAGAGGUUCCAAAACUCUUUUAGGAGCCAUGGGGAGGAUGACAGCCUUCAUUUCUUGGUUUUCAGUACCUUGUCUUUUACAAAGUCAUAAGAAUUAUCCUCAACAUAGCCUUUGACGCUGUAAAUCUUGAGUAUUCAUUUACCUUCUUCUGAUCUCCUGGAAACAGCUGCCUGCCUGCACUUCUCUUCCUGAUGAGUGGGGUAAAUUUAAAAGUCAAGCUAUAGUUUGGAUGUUAGUAUAGAACUCUGGAAUUGGGAAUUAAAAAUCAGGACUGGGGACUGGGAGACCAAAAAUUCCUGAUCCCAUUUCUGAUGGAUUUGUCACAAAUUUUCUGUCAAAAUAAAAUGUCUUGGAGGUUAUGACUCCUUGGU